AUGCGUGGAAAAGUUAAUUUCAAAAACACAAAAAGUAUUAAAUAAUUGAAAUAAUUAAUUUAUAAAUAGAAGUUAAAGUAAAAAUAAAACCUUGUUAAGAAUAAUAUAAGAAAUUGUAAAUAAUAUAAAAUGGAUAACCAACCUAUUAGAUUAAAAAGUAAGGAAGGCGUCAUUGUAGAAUUCGACCCCAAAUUCGCUUAGUUAAGUACUUACGUCAAGAAUAUUCCAAAUCAAGAUGAAGUUAUUCCCACUGAAAAUUUAACUACUGAGUCUUUACAAUUCAUUUAAAAGUUUAUGCAAGUUCAUGACUACGACGAAAGCAGCAUGAAAUACACUUUCCCUUUCUAAUCUGAUGUUUUGAAGGAUCACAUUGACGAAAAAUCUUACGAACUCUUCAAGGAAUAUAACACUAGUGAUAUUAAGGAAAAUGCUAGAAGAUUAGCUCCUCUUUUGGAUGCUGGUUUCUUCUUGGAUAUAAAAUUAUUCAGAAAGAUCUGCAAUGUAACUUUACAAGUUCCUCUUUACUGUGGUACCACUGAAGAAUAAAUUAAGGCCUUCAAGGAAAAGUGGGCUAUCACUGAAGAAGAUCUCUCUCCUGAAAACCAAAGAAAGAUUAUGGACGAAAACAAACCUGUCUUCGAUGCUAUUAAAAAGAGAUAUCAAGCCUAACUUGAUGAAUUACAAAAGAAAGCUGAAGAAGCUAAGGAAAAUUGA